AGUCGCGGCCGAGCCGCGCCGCGCGACGAGCUCCGGAGUUUGACGUUUUCCUCCUCGUCGCGCGAACGUCGCCCAACGUUGCCAAUCUUUUCCCGAUCGUUGCGGCUAUCGAGAUGGGAACGUCGCGAGGCAUCACGCCCCUCGUCGUCGCUCCCUGAAUCAUCGUUCGUCGUCGUCGUCAUCGCCGGAGCGGUACUCCAAGCGCCGCUCCUACCGACUCCGGCCGGGCCAAGGACGUCCACGCUCGCGGCGCACCGACGCACACAGGUGGAAGACGCCGACGUCGUAGGCUGACAAGCGCUAGAGGAAGGCGCUGGCGAAGCGGCGCCCAUGGCGAGUCUGGCGAGCAGCUCGUCGUCGGCGGGCCUCACCAGGGCCCCGACGAUGCUGGAGCAGCUCCUCGAGGAGAUCAAUUUCCAGAGAACGAAGGAGCUCAGGCAAAUGCUCAAGGAUGCAGACUCCGGAUUCGUCAUGCUGCAAGGUACGACGUACUGGACGGACCUGUUUGUCCGCCACUUCCUCUUUCAAGCGGAGCACGCUAUCGACGGCGACGACCUGCUCUUCUUCGUCCGCAAGAAGCACGUGAAGACCUCGUCGAGGUAUCUGCCCAAGUUCGAGACCGAGGUCGACGUGUUUCGUAAGGACAGCAAAAAACUGCCGAUUGGCGAUCCCGAUAUCGAUUGGGAGGAAACCGUGUACCUGAAUCUCGUUGUGCACCAGUUCGAUUACACGUUAACGCUGGCAAUUUGUACUAGAACGAGCCCCAAGGAAUUGCAAGUAUUGAGAAGGCACUCUCAGAAGGUGUACGCCAGUCCGAGUCGACGGCGUAUGGACGCCAAGGGUGACCUCGAGGAAAUGACGUACCCGCACAUAUGCUUCAUGGUGGACAAUUUCGACGAAGUUUUCUGUGAUAUUUUAGUCAGGGACGGGGAGAUGGUGUGCGUGGAGCUGGUCGCCUCCGACCGGGAGGGCGCGAUUCAGGGCGUCAUUUUCCUCGGGUCGAUCAGAUACGACGCUUUGAAAAAGGUUUACGACGCCAGGUCGAGCCUGAGCACCAAAAUGGCGCAGCGGAUGACGUUUGGCCUCUUCUCCGGCGCGGCCUCGCAGAGAGUGGAAUUCGUGCGAAUGAAAGGACCACGUGGAAAGGGACACGCGGAGAUGGCCGUGACGAAGCCGAAGGGCUCGGGCGCGGAGACCCCGACGUCGGAGCCGGGUUACUGCGCGACCGACCUGUGGGACGCCGACUGGGACGACGCCGAGGAGCUGUUCAUGUACCGCCAUCAACGGCGGCUGUCCGAUCCCAGCGCGAACCUGAACAACUUCGUGCGCGGCGGCUGGCGAACGAAACCGGACACGGUUGCGACCAAGGCGCGUUCGGAGAACGAGGGUCUCGACUCCAUGGCGAACGGUCUCAGCGAGAUCGAGGCCGGUGACGUUCGAGACGCCGAUGUACAGGAUAGCAGCUGGGGCGGCCGGGGCUCACCGGGAAACCGCAGAAGUCCCCGCUCGUUUCGUCGACGAAGAUCGCAGUCGGUACGUCAACAUCAACAUCAGCAACCUAACCCCGUCCAGAACAAGCAACGACAACGUAACACCCGGGAACGAUCCGGAACGAAUGAGAACUCGCCGAUACGCAAGGAGACGAAUUAUCGCGAGACACACGGUUUCCACAAUCACCAGCAGAACAAUCAUCACCAGCACCAGCACCAACACAUAGAGGUGGGCAGUGAGAUCUUAGUGCCAGCCGGCCGGUGCCUCACGGACGACAACGUCCGACAGAAGUUAGACUCGGGCGCGAUAUUGGUGCACGGCAAGGAGGAACUGCCGCUGGGCUACGACGACGUCGCGGCUACGGAGGACAAUAACCGGAAACGACGUCCGUACAGCGCCGGGCACCUGUUGUUUCAUCAUCAUAACGGCCACCUAGAGAACGACGAGGACGAGCACCGGCGGCUGAGCGACGACGAGCUACUCAGGGUGAGACGGUCCGACGCCCGUCGCCGUCUCCGUAGCGCCGGCUCCGAUCACGAGGACUACGCCUACGGGCAAAACAAGAACAAGAACGACGAGAUCAAAGACAAAAAUGCGAACGCUCAUCAUGUGACGCGCGUCAAUAGCGAGGUCGCGCUGUCGCGCCGGCAGAGCGCGACGUUACCCCGAAGACGGCGUCGAAGGGCACUCUCGGGCAGCUUCGCGGGUAACCCCCUGCCCCCACAUCGAGUCACGCCGGAUGGCACCGCGAUCUACUACUGGUGCGAGCUCCCGCGCCGCCCCGGCUCACAGGAGUUGGACGACGGGGCGUAUAAUCCGCUUUGGACGAUGCGAGGGUUCACCCAAACCUUCCAUUUCUGGAAAGAGACAAAGCGAGCGCAAUCCGUACCUUUGAACGCCUUUUUGACGUACAUUACGUUACCGUGGUGGAGCAUAGCCAAAGACAUUCUGGAUCACCGAGAAGGACCUAUCUUAACAUUUUAGCCGACCGUAUAGCGGAUUCCACUUCUAAUUUCAAUACUUUCUUUUUUUUUUUACUUUAUACUUAUCGACGAUUGUGGCCCAAAAAAUAUAACGAUGUAUAGUUUAAAUAAAUCAAAUAUUAUUUAC